AUGAAAGAAACCGGGGAGCGCUACUGGAGCGUCUGGUUGCCUCAUUAUCAGCAACACUGCCUGGUAGAGGGCGACCUAAACCGUCAGGUCGCGGAGGAAAUACUGAAACAAGAACUGCUUGAAGGUCCUCAUGGCAUCUUAUCGGAGCUGCGGAACUGUGUGGAUGAACUGGUGAUGAUUGAGGUGCAAAACUUGCAGGCGAAAAUGAAGAGUGAAAAGAAGCCAAAGAAAAAAAGCAAGAAAGCGCCCAAGCCGAAAAAACUAAAAUUACGGGAUCCCACAAAAGGGGUCGACCUGGAGACCUCCACGAACACGCUGGUGUACGAAAACAAGUGGCAGCUGGUGCCGGUCGAGGUACGACUGCAAAGUUUCGUCGGCCCUGACAACCUUAUGGCAAGUCCACUCGGGCAAAUCGUGCGUCAGCAGCGCCCGGAUGAGGAGAUCACGAAGAAAUGGCAGAGAAUCUUGCGCAAUUGGAACGAUUCGGUGGAGGCAGCGAUGGGGGGAGUGAAGAAGGAGGCGUUCGAAAAACUCUUUGAGGCUUACAUGAACCAAUCAACCUGGUUGAAGGAGCCGUCCGCAGCCCAAAUCCGGCGCGCCGCAACAGAGUACGGGAUCCUGCCGCUGGGUUCCCAGGUAAUCCAUGACCUCACGACCCAAAAGAAUGCUCUCCUUUUCUACGGGCUCCCAGCCUCGGGGAAGACUACCAUGGCAUAUGCUAUAUGCAACGAAUCCGGGGCCAAUUUUUUUAACCUCUCUCCAGCGAAUUUCAGCUCCACCAAGGGCAUCCCCAAAAUCGUGCAACUAGUUUUUUAUGUCGCACGCAUAAUGGGACCGUCAAUAAUCUACAUGGAUAACAUCGAAAAGGUGUUUCCGGCGAAAGGUACCAGUAAAAAGAAGGAUCCACUCGCCUUACGUGGCAAAAAAAUCAAGAAAGAAAUUUUGAAGGGUUUAAAUACCAUGCAGCCGUCGGAUCGUGUGCUGCUUGUUGCCACAACGUGUGAGCCGUGGAUGGCAGAUCGUGAUACCUUAGUGAACGUCUUCCCUCAUGCGUUGUGGUUUCCAUCGCCCGAUUACGCCACCCGGAUAUCUCUUCUCCGACACUUUGUCCUAAGCAAGAUCCCUCCAGGGCAGGAAAGAAAUGCGGCAACCAACGAUGCGCGGUCACCAUUUUUGUACGAGCAGUUGGCCCUCCUCACAGAAGGCUGGACAACUGGGCAACUGAAAAGAAUGGUAGAUAAAACAUUAAUUGAGCGUCGUAUUGAGCAACUCAUACAACGUCCAUUGCAGGCAAAUGAUUUUGUGGUAGCAUUAGCCGAAGAAAAAGCACGAUCAAAGGAAGAAGACCAAAAAAUGAUAGAAUUUCAGAAUUCGAUACCGUACACCAUGCGUCGUGCUAACCCGCCAGAGGACUUUCCUGAAGAAGAAUCAGCGCUUGGAAAAUCAAAAAAAACAUCCGUGAGAAAAUCUAGAGCUUAA